AUGCUGGAUUCUCCCACAGCGCAGCGUUGGCGCACGCGUGGAAUCCCGCCCUGCGACUGGCCGCCAAGCAACGAAUCCUCAGCGGGCACCGGCGGCACGUGGCCGCUGCUUCACCACCUUCAAACCACAUCCAAUGCCUUCAACAUCGUCGCCCUUUCGAUGCACCCGAACCCGGCCCUGAUCUUCUACUAG